GUCACUUCCCGGGGAGUGAAUCAAGAUAGGGCCAUUCUCUUUAGUGUUUGCCCUGUUUUCCCAAUGUCCAUCUCCUCACCGCUCGCAUUUUGAUAUAAAAAUAACACAGACUGACUCCUGAAACUGGCUGUUAACUAAAGCAAACGAGAGUAAAUCAACGUGUAUUAUGGAGUAACUGAAAACGGAACAAAAGGAGCAACGAGGCAGAGCUUAUAUUCAAACCUGCUCAAUAAACAGUUCUUCCCACUUUGGCAUUCAUCAUUGCUGCACAAGUUCUUACCUUGACCUCAGCCUACGAUUGACUAAGCUCAAACAACAAGGAUGUCCCAGCUCCAGUUUCAGUGUCCGGCUAGCCCCAUGCCUGCUGUCCCUGCCCCAGUGCAGCUGGGACAGCCACAGCCGGGUUACAGCAUCCCUUGUGCGUCAGGCACCCUACCCUCGGAGAGCGCCAGUCAGCCCAUCAGGAGCUCAGCUCUUCCUGCGGGCUCAGCCACUCCCUACAAUACCACCACAGUGUCUAACAUGGCAAACCCUAAAGAGAAGACCCCUAUGUGUUUGGUGAAUGAGUUAGCCCGUUUCAACAAGAUCCAACCUGAGUAUAAGCUGCUUUGUGAGCAAGGACCAGCUCACUCCAAGAUUUUCUCAGUUAGACUUACACUGGGAGAUCAGCACUGGGAUGCAGAGGGGACCAGCAUCAAAAAGGCCCAGCAUUCUGCUGCUGCAUCUGCCCUCGCUGAGACAACACUUCCCAAGCCAACUGUUAGGACACCUCGCAACACAGGCAAGAACCCAGCCGAUGGCAUGACACAUACCAUGGAGUUAAAUGCACUAUGUAUGAAGCUUGGUAAAAAGCCUGUGUAUAAACCCAUUGACCCGUACCCGGGGAUGAGACCACCAAACUUCAACUACAACGUCCGGGCUCCAGGACCUUACCAACGCUCUAUGCAACAGUACUACUACCCAUUUCCUCCAGUGGGGCCAAUGAUAUACCACAUGGAGCUUUCCAUCGGAGGCCAGCAGUUUAUUGGUAAGGGACGCACACGGCAGUUAGCCAAACAUGACGCUGCUGCCAAGGCCCUGAAAGUGCUGCACAAGGAACCAAUAUUGCAACAGUUGCCAGUGAUGAAUGGAGAGCCCGAGGAGGAAAACCUCAACAAAUCCGAAAUCAGUCAAGUGUUUGAAAUUGCACUUAAACGCAACUUACCUGUCAACUUUGAGGUUUUAAAGGAAGAAGGCCCUCCUCACAUGAAGAAUUUUGUAGUGUGUGUCACAGUAGGGGAGUUCACUGGAGAGGGCGAAGGAAAGAGUAAAAAAAUUGCCAAGAAGCUGGCAGCAGCAGCGGUACUGGGGGAGUUGAAGAAGCUGCCCCAUAUUCCUAGUGCGGAAAAGACGCUGCCACGCAUCAAAAAGAAAUCCAAAUCCAUCAUCAAGCUGCAAACCAGCCCAGAAUAUGGUCAGGGCAUGAAUCCCAUCAGUCGCCUGGCUCAGAUCCAGCAGGCCAAGAAGGAGAAGGAACCCGAGUACAGUAUGGUGACAGAGAGAGGUCUACCUCGGCGCAGGGAGUUCGUCAUGCAGGUGACGGUGUGCAGCCAGACUGCAGAGGGAAUGGGACCCAGUAAGAAGGUGGCUAAGAGGAAUGCAGCAGAGAAAAUGCUCGACCUCUUGGGAUAUAAAGUGCCUCAGCCUCAGCCCCCUAAGCCGGCACUCAAAACUGAUGAAAAGACGCCAGUGAAAAAGCCUGGUGAUGGACGCAAAGUGACCUUCUUUGAACCUGGCUCUGUAGAGGAUGUGACACUGAGUUCCAAGGAGGAGGACUUCCGCCUGCCUUACCUGAGCCACCAGCAGCUGCCUGCAGGCAUCCUGCCCAUGGUCCCCGAGGUGGCUCAGGCAGUUGGGGCCUGCCAAGGAUCCCAGGCCAAGGACUACAGUCGAGCUAUGCCCAAUCCAGGCAAGGCCACGAUCACUGCCAUGAUUGCCAAUGAGCUGCUUUAUGCAGGGACAUCCCUGACUGCUGAGACCAUCCUAAAAAACAAAAAUAACAUCAACCAACUGCCCCAAGGACCCCUCACCAGGCCUUCAGAACAGCUCAGCUAUCUUGCAUCUGUGCAGGGCCUGCAGGUGGAAUACAAAGAUUUUCCCAAAAACAAUAAGAAUGAAUUUGUGUCACUUAUUAACUGCUCCUCCCAACCACCGCUCCUUAGUCAUGGGAUUGGGAAAGAUGUUGAAUCCUGUCAUGAUUUGGCUGCACUGAAUAUAUUGAAGCUGCUCUCUGAGUUGGACCAGCAGUCAAAUGAAAGGACAGGAAAUGGACCAGUCUCUCGGUGUGGCAAGCAGGAAAUCGAAGGUGACAUGCACCUCAAACAGGCUAACUCAAGCACAUUGGCACAGACCCUGGAUGGCACUGUUUAGAUGAUCAGAUUUGGUUGUCUGUAAAAGCACUAGAGAAAACUCAGACACUGUGUUCUUAGAAGGUAGCAGGAAGCUCUGGGCACUGUAGGCUCUAAACCAUCACUGUUCAUAGUCCUUGUUCCAAAAUGUUCACAGUUAAACAAGAUUGAUAGGAACAAAUAGUUUCUUCCCCUUAAUGUUGUUUAAUUGUUCACAUUAUUUAUUUUGUUGCAUUGUAGAAAAAGUUGCUGCAUCCUAGUCAAGGAGACGGGGGUUUACAAUGCAGAAGAAGAAGAAAUUUAACUGUGAACCUUUUUUUCCUUUUCCUCUCUGUGAGACGUUCUAAUUCUUUUGUGUUUUAUACCCUGUCGAGGUAGUGCUGAACAGUAGAUCUGGUAAAGGUUUGGACCUCAUCUUUGUCUAGGUUGCGGCUGGCGAACCUCUGUUGAUUUUCCUAGACUGCUUUGUAUCAACAACCAGUGUUAUCGACAUUACCAUGUAGGGCUGGGACGAAUUUCUGACUAAAUGUAGCUUGACAUUGUGUCUGCUGUGUGCGUCAGUUUCCCCGUUACUUCCUUUUUUUCCUUUCAUGUCAACCUCCCUUCCCUCUCUGCUCCUCAAAUUAAAAUUACGUGCUUAUGUGCACAAAACAAG